AAGCGUGUUGCAUGGGGCGGCGCCGUUCCUUGUUCGCCAUACUUGCACAGGGAAGAGCAACUGAAGCACUUAUUCUAGAAGCGCCUGGGGGAAAACGGCAGGAAAACGACAUGGCUGAGGACGAUUUGACUCCGGAGCAGCUAGCAGCCAUCGCUGCGGAGAACGACGUGGGCGAGACGGUCAACUACAAGCCCCCGGCCCAGAAGACACUGCAGGAGAUCCAGGAGCUGGACCAGGACGACGAGAGCCUCCGGAAGUACAAGGAGGUUCUGCUAGGAGCCGGCGCUGCUGCUGUCGCUG